CCGUGUCUGGCUUUUCCUACUGGCCGUUUUCCCGACCCUCUUCAUAAGGUCACUUUGUUCUGGUAAACGUUUGGAGUAGAGCACGCAAAGGCCUCUUUUAUUUGUAGUGAAAAAUUGGACAUUGGACUUUUUUCCGAUGAGACUGGGAACAACGCUGAGGGUUGACGGGCAUAUAUCCAUCUAAGCAUAUUAAUAUGACUCUAGGUUAUGUAAUAAGCAUCGGAUAUCUUAUACAUGGGAGGUACUAAACGGUGGUGGCAAAUUGAAUGCCUUCGUGAUAUGGAGAUUUGCUGCUAAGCAAUUGCGAUCCAAAUGGGAGAUUGUCAAGGAGAGUAAAGUAGAACCCUGGUAACACUGGUGUUUCAAUGAAAACCUCAAAUAAAUACCUCAAAAGAGACCCUUUUGGCCACUGGAGGCGCCAUAAAUCCUACUAAAGCCUUCACAUUCUUGAUGGUUGUCACUGGAUGGCAAAGGCUAAAAGAGAAACAUGUACACAUCCCGGCAGUAGGCAACGGGGAAACUCUGUUAUACUUUCUCGAGAAAAGUGCUAACAGGAAAAAUAAAAGGUGUUGUGUAUUUCCUGGAAACACCAUUGUGAUAGCUUCAAAAUGCUGGAUGAUGCACGUCUUGACACCACAAUACUUUCUGCUAAGUAGUCCGGCCUGAAUUCUUUUGCCGCACUUAUCCAGGUACCUCACUGCAGUAAUUAGGAUGUUAUGAAGAUACUGUUCACCUAACACACAUUCGUAAAGUGACUUUGAAAAAGAACACAACUAUGCUGUGAUGGUGACAAUUUUUUUCGUAGAAGCAAAGAUACUUAAUUCCAAUUGAAAUCAACACAAACACUGCUGAAUUCCGAGCUUGUAAUCAGUUGUACGUCGUUUUAGGCCAGUCAGUUUGGAUGGCUGGUGAUCUCUGAUCCAAUGUAAGCACUAAAGAUCGUCGCCAGCUUGUCCUUAUCGAGGACAAGGUUGCUGUUGUACUAUUGAGCCUUCCCCUUUCAGCUACGGCUCAGACUCCCUGCGUUGGUAAAGCCGCUGUCUUCGAGAUGAUUACGUCACUUCGUAGAUUUGCCGUCAUUGUUUGGAUUGUAGCGGAAAAACCAGUGACCCCAGCCCCAGAUUUGGUGAGGACACAGACAACAGCAGCACCGUCGCAAAAACCAAAGUUUGACGACAAUGGUGACAUGACUAAGGGCCUAGCAGCAGGUUUCGGUGGUUUUGCAGGCGUUCUGCUUCUUUUAUGUCUGCUUUGGUGUUGCUGCUGCACCAGUGACGACAAAACGUCAUGUGGCUGUUUCAAGAAGAAGACAAAAACGGAUAAGGGCGGACCUGGCCAACGAAAAAGGACAACUGAUAAAGCCAAGGUUGGACCCUCGCCUCCGCAAUCCGGAAACGCCUGGUCACGUGGUCGUUGACAAGAGACAUUCUCACGUUGUUUAAAGAAACAGGAAAAUGGUGUCCAUAUUAUAUUCAUUGUACACAGUGCCGACAUCGGUUGCUAAAAUGCUCUUGUGAUGAAAGUUAAUAACUAGGUGUGAAGUGAGCGGGAGGUGUAACUGAGUAGCAUCACCACAUAGUGAUUUACAGACACCAAAACUCCAUCCAUGCACGCAAAAAACGCUAACACAAUCGUUUACUUACCCACCUACUUAUCGACUUACCUACCUACCUACCUAGUUAUCUGCCUGCCUACCUACCUACUAACCUACUAACUACCUGCCUACCUACUUACCUACCGUCCUACUACUUACUUAUCUAUCUACCUACUUAAUUUACCUAUCUACCUCCUCACCCACAUAUUCACUACCUACCAACCAACCUACACAUUUACACAUACGCACACCCACCCACACACACCCACACACGCACAACCACACAGACAUACACACACCCACA